CAGCCAGCGGAUCAAGAAAGUGAGAAAGCGUUAGAGCAGUUGCUAUCCCGUGCUGACCUAUCACUGGUCUCGCAGAACCAACAGAAACAGUCUGUGUUGAUGCUCGCUGCGAUUCACGGCCGCGUGGAUCUUGUUCAACGGUUGCUAAAGAUGCAUAAAGUUCCAGUGAACCAGAAGGACUCUGAGGGAAGCACUGCCCUCAUGGCAGCCGUGGAACAUAAUCACUUGCGAGUGGUCCACCUACUGCUGUGCCAGCCGGACCUGGAUGCUGAAGUGCGCGAUAACGAUGGAUGCACCGCUUUGGACAUAGCACUGGCUCGAAGACAUCACGAAAUCGCCCUGAUGAUAUAUGCGACGGUGAAAAUGCGGCAGCUAUCACCACGAACCAGACAUGUGCACUGGCAGAAUUUGUGCAAACCCAGUGGAGUACCAGCGAGUACAAUGGAUGCACCGGGCCGAAUCGGAACAACCACAACUUCCAUGACUACGACGGACCGUUUAGUCCAAAAAACAAGUAUCACAACAACAGAUUGUAAAGUUACUGUAUGUAAUAAGACAUGACUGAUUCAUUUGGUUGUGUCACAUUGUAACAAUGAUUGUUUUGAUGCCAUCGAUCGUCUCAGCUGCGG